CUCGUCGGAAACUUGGAUUGGGGGGAAACCGCGAUUACUUAAUCGGCACUCUCUCUUUGGGUUCAAAUUUGUCACGCGCCAAGUGAACAACGUACGCCCUGCCGCUAAGACUGCAUUUCUUCUAUUUUUUACACAACCUUUACUAAAAUAUCUUCCAGAUCACCAUCGUAUUCCAUCGCGGCCAGCCUGUAUUGACGAUGAGGAAUACAAACAAAGCGCUAAUAGCGCAAGCACAAGCGUGCAUGCCAGGUAGCAGUAACGGCAUGAGAAUACUGACUGCACGUAUGGCAACCGCUUCAUUGCGUCCUUCCACUUCCAUCGCAAAACCGAACAGCAUUCGACUGAUUCAUACAACACAAUCAGCCAAUGCAACCCCGUCAACCUCUUCUGCCGCUACAAAUGAAUCACCUGUUGUAGAUCCAACCACGCCAACACCAAGUCCAAGAUGGACACCCGCUUCAAGACGGGUUGGUUUAAUUGCCAAAAAAGUGGGAAUGACGACAUAUUUUGCACCUGAUGGAAGAAGGCUAGCGGCAACCGUUUUACAAGUAUCUUCUAACCAAAUUUCUGCACAAAUCGGUUUUAGUGCACCUGCCACAACGCCAAACGGACAACCGAUCAGUCCAACCAAACUUGCCGCUCGAAUGGCAUAUACUGCUUUACAAGUUGCCGCAACGGAUUCAUACAGCAAUCGUGGAAUUUCUAAAGCAGAACGUGGUCAUUUACAAAGAGCGGGUAUCACAAGCGAUAAAAAGAUCUUGCACGAAUUCAAAGUGACAAAAGAUGCAAUCGUACCCUUGGGCACAAAGCUUUCUGCAGUACACUUUGUACCCGGUCAAAAGGUUGAUGCACAAUCCAAAACGAGAGGAAAAGGAUUCCAAGGUGUGAUGAAACGUCAUGGUUUCCGCGGUUUACGUGCAUCGCACGGUACAUCUUUGGCACACAGAUCACACGGUUCUACCGGUCAAAAUCAAGACCCUGGUCGUGUUUUCCCCGGAAAGAAGAUGGCAGGUAGAAAGGGUGGAAGAUUGAGUACGAUGCAAAAUUUGGAAGUUUUACGAAUUGAUACAGUGAACGAUUUGGUGAUCGUACAAGGCAAUCUUCCUGGACCAGAAGGCGGACAUGUUUUCUUGAGCGAUGCAAAGAAGGCUUUAGUUGCUCGUGCUUCUAAUGCUUUCCGUUCAGGAAAAUUACCCGAUCAUCAAGGUAUGGCCACAGGUGAAGAAGCAGCAACUGCUUACCUUCCUCAAGGUGUCGUGGAUUUGCCAUUCCCUGCAGGCACUGACCAAAUGGCCAAGGGCCUUCCUCAGGUCAUCGAAGUAGGUCCCAAAGAAAGCUCUUGACCUGUUCGUUUAGAGAUUCAAUUCAUGUGUAAAAGUAGUAUACAAUGUAUGUCUGUUAUCUAGUUGAUGCG